CCCCUUCUCCCCCCCCCCCCCCUCGACGUCAUGUCAUGCUCUCUUCCGCCCUCCCACCCCAGAUCCUGGCAUCACAUCCUUCGAGUCAGGCCAUAUACUUGGCCUCGGCCCUGAUUGCCCUGAUCUACUUUGCAUGAAUCUGUUCCCAAGCCCUGCUGUUAUUCUACCCACUGUUUAAUCAUCACACAUUUGGUCACUGCCACGGGCGUGGUUUCUCUGUUCUAUCUCUCUACCCGUCAUCAUCACCGAGUGGCGUUUCCAUCCUCACAUUCGACAAGUCCUCCCCUUCCACGGGCGGGUCCCGCUUUCUCUUCGACCACGCUCUUUACAACUUACCGGACCUUUUUAAUACGGUCAUCGAAUUCGACUGAGGGAGCCGCGAGAAGGGCAGUUAAUACGACGGAAAACAGGCUGGUCUGUAGUCCAGUCAUCCUAAUUCGGGAGCAACAGGCGGUGGAGUCGCGCACACAGAGAGCAAAAUGCUUUGGCAAAGGACGCUCGUGGCCUCCUUCCUGGCGACAGGGGCACAAGCUGGAAUCGGGGGCCUAGUCGUGGAGGGCUGGACGCGCAACAGCCCGGCGAUGGAGCGGAGGUUAGAAGAGGUGGCCAAGGCAAACCUAAUGGCGCGCGGAGAUCUCCUGGUGACAAGAGCGGAAGAGGAGGGGAACGAUACACCACUCAAAGCCGAUGGGAGCCUCGACCUGGAAGCGUGGAACACUCAGACGGACAAGGCCUGCCAAGAGGCGUUGAGGAAGGUGGGAACAGCAUCGAACCCGUCGGGCGCCUGCGUGUGCUACAACUUGCCACUCAUGAACAACGCGACGGGCGCAUUCGAGGCCGACUUGAGGCUGUAUCAGCUCAGCAAGCCCAGGGGCGACUUCCAGGGCAUCCCACAGGACAAAAUCGAGGUUGAGUUGUCCUACAAGGGCGCGUCGGUGUCCGAGCUCAAGGAGACGACGGAGGUCCCUGCAGCGGCGUCACUCAGGGCAAGGCAGGACGACGGCAACGGCACAGAUCUCAGGAUGCUGCAGUCAUACAUGUUUCUCGGGCAGGUGGAUAAAGACAAAAUGUCUGGCCAGAUGACAUCAGCACAACUCCAAGCGCUCGUCAUGCCGAUCGUGACCCUCAAAGCCACCAACGGCGAGGGCAAGGAGGUCACCACCAACGUGUCGCCCAACGAAGCCUCCUUCAUCUCGGGCGUCUUCUCGAAAGAAGUGGUCAUGAGCACGUUCCUCACGGCGCAGCAAGCUGUCGACAAGGAGGUGGCGAGCCUCAAGAACGGCACGACCGCCUUUGUACUCCCUGGGGUCCAGCUCAUGAUCUUCCCGAUCGGUCUCAUCAUCACCAGCAUUUGGUUGUUCCUUGGGCUGGUUGCCUAUGGUAUCGGCACGUACGAGCGCUACAACUUCCGGGAGAUGCACAGGAGGAGGAUUGCGGUCGUUGAGAAGGGGGGCGUGGCCAGGAUUUAAGCAUUCCAGCAUUGGCUAAUGGUGCUGUGAGUGAAAGAAUAUCUUCUGCGUUCCUUUUUUUGCAUCUUUUUACAUCUUUAUACCAGACGCUCCGUGAGAGCGCGUGUCUUUAUUUUGCAGAUGAUCUUUCUACAUCAAUACCGUCACACAAGGUCGGGUGUGUUUACUCGACACAGGGUAAUUGCCAGCGGCAACCCCUCUGUGAGGUACAUACUACAUAGUCUUUGGAAAUCAGUAAAUAACACGCAGCAUUGUCUUACCGGCUGUUGGUUAACAUAGAAGAUAGAGUGUCAAAAGACUUCUUCUUUCAG